AUGUCAGUCGUGCAGCUGGGAGAACAGCUCAGCAAGCUACGAGCAGACAUUGUUGCGGGUAAACAUCCGCGCUUUCACGUCCCAGAACAUUUGAAAGCUGGCUUGUCCGCCCCUACCGAUCAUUUUCUUUCAAGGCCUGCAUUGCCAAACGGUUUGAAUGCGCAUGCACCUGGUUCGAGCGUUGCUUCAGCUCCUGUGUCUACUGAUCUUCAGAAACCGUCAAUUUCCUCUAAGCCCAACCAGGCGCCCAGAAGCGCUGGCUCUCCUGAUGCCAAAGUUGUACUACAAGAAAAGAGGCGGGAACUGGAGCGUAUGCUCGAAGAACAGAUCCAGCACAAGAAGGCGCUUGCAAAGUUAAAACCGCAUGAUCUAGAAGUUGUGGCAGACUUCGAUGUGACAGAAACCUUGAGAAAAGCUCAUGAGCUGGUCAAGCCCUAUAAACAAAGUGAUGUUGCUAAUCACGACGAGUCAUCUAGUGACUCCUUUGACGAGAACACGUUCUACUCUAGUCAGAUGAAUUCUACAUCGAGCGCAGAAGAAAUGGAUACUUCCAAAAAGACAUGGCAGCGUCCUCAAAAAGCUUGCAGAUUCUUUCGAGAUGGGAAGCCCUGCCCAUACGGAGAGAAAUGCACAUUCUCGCAUGACCCCGCUAUAGUCAAGAGAGUAGAAUUCGAUGAAGAGCCGAAACCAAAUGGACGAGCUCAAGAGCAGGCGAAUCGAAAGGCUCCUUCUCCUCAACCUCGCAGAACUUCUGCUCGUAUUGCCAAUCAGACGCAGGUUACACAAGCAGCCAAGAUUGCUGAUCUAGAAGAUCAAUUGCGUCAGCUGAAAGAAUCGCAGAAACCUGCGAAUCCUGCAAACCCUGCAAAACCUGCCGUUGUGCCACGAGCUAUUGAGAGAGAGCCUGAAGAAGUGCCCGAGCCACGAGAGCCACAGGGGCCUAAUAUAGAUGAAUUUGGUCGAGACCGGAGUAGGCGUGAAGUAAAUGGCAAAGACUUGAAUGGCGUCCCGGUACGCGUGAUAAGGAAUACUAUAGCUUCCCCAUAUGCCCCACAACCCGCCCGUGUCUCUCCUUUUACAGUCGCAAGACUUCCUCAUGAGCAGCCACUAGAGCCUUAUCAUAAUCAAGUGCAGUCCUGGGAAGGCUCAGAUAUCAAUAUUGUAACCGCCCAGCAGAGUCCACAAAUAUCAGUUUCAAAAAAGAGACGAAGAGUCGACCCAGGCAACGACCACCGAAAUGUUAUUCCCCGACGCGAACAGUUUGCCUCACCUUUGAUUCGUGUCAAGGAUGAGCCUGUGUCUCCGCCUCCACCAAAUUACAUACCUAAUCAUCGACAGCUUCAACAAGUGCCCCAGUAUAUAGAAGGCCCGGCCCCGAAUUCUCAAGCAAGAUAUUCAUUCGACAGUGGCGACGGACCAUACGUUCAGGCCCCCACAUACCAAGAGCCCAGGCCUCUGACUCCUCAAUCACAAUCCAACGUCUCGCGAAACGAACAGCGUCGUGCUACCAACGGGGAUAUCGAUCUCCGUAGGGUCGUAAGUACAAGAAAUAUGCGGCCUCCCCAAUCUCCAGAACUCUAUGACGUGCAGCAUUCAAAUGCUCAGUCUCAUGUGGUUAGAGCUGCGUCCCAGGUUCAGUACGUCCCAAAUGCAGAACGACCACUACCACCACCUCAAUAUCGGGCAUCGGUGCAGCCGCAGUUACGUGAGCCUCGGAACUCAAUACAAGACCGUCAGAUCCCGCUUUCACCAACACGCCGUGCAUCUGUAGCGAUGCCUCCUCCAUCCCGCCGCAUCGUAGUAGACCAAUACGGCAACAGGUACAUGGAAGCUCCCGUUCCGACUGAGCGAUCUCUUUCGAUGGCACCGAAAGACCGUCACAUGGAGUUCAACCCUAACAAUGAAUUCGUAACCACACAAAAUACUUACCAGCAAGCUCAGCCAAUUCUUGUUGAUGAGAGGGGCCGUUAUGUUCAACAAUUCGUUUCUCCUACAUCGCCACAAUUUGCCGAGUAUUCGACCCCGCCCAAGAAAAGGCGGAUCAUUCAGCUAGACCAAGAUGAAGCUGACGAGAUAGCCUUCGAUAACGAAUCUCGUUACGUCCAAUACGAGCCCAGAGCUGAGCCACGGUAUGAGAUGCCUGGUGUUCGUGAGCACGUGCAAGGCGAGGGGACCUUGCAAUCUCGUUAUGAGCCGGAGCAUGUCUCCCGUGUUUCAAGUGUACGACCGCAGCAACCUCGUAUCAUUAGAUUGGGAGAACAUCGAGACAACACUCCGAACGCCAUCCGUCAAAUGAGUGUCCGCCCUGAGGCGGCUUACAGUCGGCCCACCCAGCAUAAAAUGCAGCAAGAUGGUUUGUAUCAAUAUGCGCCUCAGGAAGAGGAGCAAAGGGAUUACGAGGAUAUGCAUCAACAAGCAAACGGAGCGCCCGAUCAGCGAAGGGUUUGCAGCGGCCAGUAUCUUCAUGGAUCGUGUUACAAGGCUGAGGUCAAGUCCUUAGAUGAGGCGAUGCCAAAGGAUCGCCCAGUCCUCAUCAUUAUUACUUCCAGCUACGAAGGGGAGCCUCCUGAUAAUGGUGGUCAUUUUGUUAGGUGGGUCCAUAAAAUUGGCGAUAAGACUCUCGAAGGGGUUCAGUAUGCGGUUUUUGGCUACGGAAAUCGUGAGUAA